GUGAACGCUUACCGGUCUUCCUGUGCUUUGUUUUCAUUGUCCGCGGGUGUCCUGUGUUAACAAAAUGGCGCCAACUCGAGAGAUUAACUUCAACGAACAACAACUUCAUCAAAUGACUUAUAAAUACUACUUUUGCAAGCAAGAAAUAACUCUAGGAUAUAAAGGUUUUGUGACAGAUGGGGAAUUUAAUUCUCUAAGAACAGCAGGUUCUGAAAGACCAAUAUCGAUUGUACAGCUUAUAAUGGAUUCUAGAAAUGAGGCAAAGAAGAUAAAUUCCAAUACUAUAGCAAAGUAUCUGAGACCAAUCCUAAGACAAGGGAACAUUGGACCAGAGCAAGUACAUCCUGCUGUACCAAUUGCUGAUGUGCAGUGGCUGCAGGACUUUAUGACCACAAACAAUGUAACCUUUGAAGCUGCGUAUUGCCCGUUUCUACAUGGGUUCGUUUCCCUGUAUUUCUUCUAAAUUACAAAAAAAUGGCCCAAAAUCUUUUUUGGAACCGGCUGGUGUACUCGAAUUUUCUGCCAAUUUUGACAUUGGUUCUUGAAAUAGAAACAAAUGUCGCCGGAAGUGAAAUAACACCAGAAAACAUCCAGAUUCAUGUUU